UUAACAAUGGAAUCAUCCUCUUUCUCUCUGCAAUUUAGCGAUUUUACCCAUCCAGUCUCUACCACUCCCAGCUUUCUCUUCUUCACAGCACCCAAUUUUUCCCCGGAAUAUCGAGGCUCCAGAAAAUGUCAGAUUCCGAGGACGAAAAAUCCGAACAUACUCCCCAAUCAAAGCCCACCGCGGAGGAACCUGGGUCUGUAAUGGAUUUCGACCUCGACCUCGAGAGUUCUUGGCCUUUAGAUCAGAUAGCUUUCGCCUCUAACCCUAUGUCCCCGUUUCUGAUUUCCGCCACAUCGGAGCAACCUUGUUCUCCUCUCUGGCUUUUCUCAGACGUGGACGACGAUAGGCAAGCUAAAGUUGCCGCGUCAUCCCUCUCCGAUGUCCAUCGAUUGCUCUCCUGCAAUUCGAAUUCAGUAGCUGAAAAACCAGCGGAGAAUGAGGAGACUGAAAAAACCCGUUCGCGCUUUGUUGCCCUGCCACCAAUGCCAUUAGAAACCCCAGAUGGGUAUUGUUUGAUUAAAGAAAGGAUGACACAAGCACUAAGGUACUUCAAAGAGUUGGCUGACCAGAAUGUGCUGGCUCAGGUUUGGGCACCUGUAAGGAUGGGGAACCAGUAUGUCCUUACAACUUCAGGGCAACCUUUUGUUCUUGAUCCACAUAGUAAUGGACUCUAUCAGUAUAGAACAGUCUCUCUGAUGUACAUGUUUUCAGCAAAUGGAGAGAAUAAUGGAAUCCUGGGGCUUCCUGGUCGUGUUUUUCAUCAGAAGUUGCCAGAAUGGUCUCCCAAUGUUCAAUAUUACUCUAACAAAGAGUAUCCCCGCCGAAAUCAUGCUCAAAAUUACAACGUUCGAGGAACCUUGGCUUUGCCUGUGUUUGAACCUUCAGGGCAGUCAUGUAUUGGUGUGCUGGAGUUGAUAAUGACUGCUCAGAAGAUUAACUAUGCCCCUGAGGUUGAUAAAGUCUGCAAAGCUCUUGAGGCAGUAAAUUUGAAGAGUUCAGAAAUUUUGGAACAUCCAUUCACCCAGAUUUGUAAUGAAAGCCGUCAGAAUGCAUUAGCAGAGAUCUUGGAGAUAUUGACGGUGGUCUGUGAAGCUCAUAAAUUACCUCUGGCCCAAACAUGGGUUCCUUGUAGGCAUCGGAGUGUUCUGGCUAAUGGUGGUGGCCUGAAGAAGAGCUGCUGCAGUUUUGAUGGUAGUUGCAUGGGGCAAGUUUGCAUGUCUACUACUGAUGUUGCAUUCUAUGUCAUUGAUGCUCAUAUGUGGGGCUUCCAUGAAGCCUGUGCUGAGCAUCACUUACAACAAGGUCAAGGAGUUGCUGGGAAGGCAUUUUUGUCUGGCAAUAUGUGCUUCUGUGGAAACAUUACCCAGUUCUGCAAAACUGAGUACCCUUUGGUACAUUAUGCUCUCAUGUUUGGCUUAACCAGCUGUUUCGCUGUCUGUUUGCAAAGCUCUCAUACCGGACAUGAUGAUUAUAUAUUGGAAUUUUUUCUGCCUCCUAAGGUCACAGACUUCAACGAACAAAUGACCAUGUUGGGAUCUAUAGUAGCAACAAUGAAACAGCAUUUCCAUAGUCUUAAGAUAGCUGCUGGUCUUGAGCUCGAGGAGGAAUGUUCAGUUGAAAUCAUUGAAGCAACGAGUGAAAGAGUUUAUUCAAGACUCGAAUGUAUUAUGAUUGCCCAACCUACUAAAUUGCCACAUGGGCCUGAUGCCUUGCCAAAUAUGAGGGAGAUUUUACCGCUGGAUACAUCAGAGCAGCAAAUGGUAUUCUUAGAUGAUCAAAAUGGUGGAGGGAGUCUUGGUGAUAGAGCUGGUGGAAUCUCUGAUCAGAUACCCCCCUUGGAGACUAAAAACAUAAAGAAACCCUCAGAGAGAAAACGGGGAAAAACUGAGAAAUCAAUCAGUCUUGAAGUUUUGCAAAACUAUUUCGCUGGGAGCCUUAAAGAUGCUGCAAAGAGUCUUGGUGUUUGCCCCACGACAAUGAAGCGCAUAUGUAGGCAGCAUGGGAUAUCCCGUUGGCCAUCUCGGAAGAUUAACAAGGUUAAUCGUUCCCUGUCCAAGCUUAAGCGGGUCAUUGAAUCUGUCCAAGGUGCUGAAGGAGCAUUUGGUUUAAAUUCCCUCAGCACCAGUCCACUUCCUACGGCUGUUGGUUCCUUUCCUGAGCCUUCAAACAAGUUCGGCCAACAAGCCUCGCUAAGCAUUCAACUGGGAGAACCACAGAUGAAAGAGAGCGAGUUGGAUGCCUCCAAAGUAUCAGAAACGAACACACAGACUGAGGUAGAACAUCAGUUGGUAGGAGGAAGGGUGCGAAGUCCUGAAACUCACGAGAAAAGUGGGUCCAGUCAGGAGUUUGGUAAAGGCCCUGGAGGACCUAGAACGGGGAGUGCCUCAAGUGAAGAUAGGGCAAACCCAACUUCUCAUGGCUCGUGCCAGGGUAGUCCCCCAAUCGAAAGUUCACCUCCAAAAGAUAUAUUCAUUACAACCAAUACUGAUCAGUGUGUUGUGGCUGGGGGAUUGCCGGAUUUGCAGCCAGCAAGUAAACUGAAUGGUCCGCCUGGGUAUGCCAUGCCCAACCUUGUGCCCACAGAACUUCAGGAGUCAUUUGGAGGAAUGCUGAUAGAGGAUGCAGGUAGUUCCAAAGACUUGAGAAAUUUGUGUCCUGCAGAAGCAGAUGCCAAUGUGGAGGAUCAGUUGCCAGAAGCUUGUGCUGCUAAUCCUCCAGGCUCUGACUUUGGUCCUAAGCAAUGCAACAAUACUCUUGGCGACACGAUGACGCUUUUCGCAGCUCGGAGAGAAAUGAAGACCGUGACUAUAAAAGCAACAUACAGAGAAGAUAUCAUCCGGUUUCGUAUCUCCUCAACAUCAGGCAUUGUGGAACUGAAAGAAGAAGUUGCCAAAAGACUGAAACUAGAGGUGGGUACUUUUGAUAUCAAGUACCUUGAUGAUGAUCAAGAAUGGGUUUUGAUAGUAUGUGAUGCAGACCUUCAGGAGUGCAUGGAUAUCUCUAGAUCUUCCGGUACUAACAUAAUCAGGCUUUUGGUACAUGAUAUAACUUCCAAUCUCGGAAGUUCCUGUGAGAGUUCCGGGGAGUGAGGAGUGGCUGUAUAUAGUUUUUGUUUGUAGUCAGUUAUUUAAAAUUCUUGUAGCCAUAGGACAUGAUAAAUGCUAGAUUUUGGUUUCAGAUUUGUUGAAGUUGUAAGAAACUUGACAUUUUUAUCUCCCAAAACUGAUAAAUUGACUAUGAUUAAGUAUUCUUCGAUAAUA